AUGCAAUGGAAACGAGAAAAAUAUGGUGGUAUUAACUCAAUACGUGCACCACCAAGUCAAAUUUGGACACCUGAUAUCGUUUUAUUUAAUAAUGCUGAUGGAAAAUAUGAAGUAUCAUUUAAAUCAAAUGUUGUUAUUUAUCAUGAUGGUUAUGUGAAUUGGGUACCGUCAGCUAUAUAUAAAUCAAGUUGUUAUAUUGAUGUAAAAUUUUUUCCAUUUGAUAAACAAGUAUGUAAAUUACGUUUUGGUUCAUGGACAUAUGAUCAACGACAAUUCAAUUUUACUUAUUAUGAAGAAAAAAUACGACAUGUUACAAUAAAAGAUUAUGUUGUUAGCGGUUCAUGGGAUCUUCUUGAUGGUCCUAUGACUAUUCAACAAUCAUCAUAUGCACCACCUACAAAUGAUGGAAAUGAUACAAGUAAUUCAAUGGGAACUAUAGCAAAUGCUCGAUUUGAAAAAACUGAUGGACGUGAUCGUGUUGGAUUUGUUUGUACACUUAUAAUAAAACUUGUUAUUAUUAAUUAUAAUUAUCGUACACCACGUACACAUAAAAUGCCUUAUUGGAUAAGACGUAUUUGUAUUGAUAUAUUACCACGUAUACUUCGUAUGGAAAGACCAAAAAAAUAUGAAAUUGAUGAUAAUUUACAAUCAGCAGCAGCUGAUAGAGAAAAACAAACGAUGUUAAAUUAUAUUCAAGCAUCACAAUUAAAACAACGUCAUUCAUCAAAAAAGAAACAACAUCAUCAUCAUCAUUAUCGACAUACAUCAAAACGACGUCAUCCACAACAACAGCAACAAGAAAAUAUUAAUCAAUCACAACCAACUACUGAUGAUGAUGAAAAUAAUUUAACAAUACAAGAAGUUGAUAUUUUAUUAACAAAAGAAGCAUAUGAAGCAGCAGAAGAUUUAAAUUUUACUGCAAAUCAUAUGCAAUCAGCUUGUCAUUAUGAAGGGGUAUUUCUCAUGAGAGAAUGA